AGCCAUAAACCCUAGGUAAAUAUUUCUAUAUAAACCCUCUAAACCCUUUCUUCAUCCGCCCUCUUUCAUAUUUGCUCUUCACAAAGCACUCUUUUUUUCUUCAACCCCAAUAUUUGUGCUUUCAAUCAACAAUAUCAUCAAUGGAGUUUUGGGGUGUUGAAGUGAAAGCAGGAGAAUCUCUAAAGGUCAGGCCUGAGCUUUUCAAGCUUAUUCAUGUUUCCCAGGCUGCAAUAGGUGAAGUGAAGGAUACCAAAGAAGCUAAAAAUGUUCCACUACGCCUAACUGUUGGAGAAAACAGUUAUGUGAUUGGAACUCUAUCGGCUGAGGAUAGACCUCAGUUGAUGUUUGACUUGGUCUUUGAAAAGGAUUUUGAACUUUCACAUGGCUGGAAGAACGGCAGUGUCUACUUCAUUGGAUACACAGCUGAUGAUCCAAGCGUUGAUGAUGAAGUCGACUCUGGAGACGAUGUUUUUUCGGAUGAAGAGAAUGUUCUAGAAGCACUAAAUGGUAAACUUGAGGAGAAAAAGGCUGAUGUGAAGGAUGUAAAGCCUGUAGAGAAAAAAAAUGCUAAGGUAGCGGAGCCAAAGAAAGAAGCGGAGUCUGAUGAUGAUGACUCUGAAGAUGACUCUGAUGAUGAAGACGAUAGCGAAGAUGACUCUGAUGUUGCACCUCUAGCCAUGGGUGGUCCAGAAGGUAUGGAUCUUUCUGAUGAUUCUGAGGAUGACGAUUCAGAGGAAGAUGAUGAUUCAGAAGAAGAGACACCUAAAAAGGUUGAGGAGAAGAAGAGACCAGCUCCAUCUCCUAAAGUAGCUCCUGGUUCUAACAAAAAAGCAAAACAAGCAACACCGGACAACAAGUCAGGUGGUAAGAAAGGUCCAGCCAUGCCUUUUGCUAAGCAAAAUGGUAAACCUGCAUUCAAUGGUAACAACAACAAAUCCAAAGGCCAGUCCCCAAAAUCUGGUGGCCAGUUCUCUGGCAACAAAUCAAACAACAAAAACUUUAGUGGCCAAAAGAAUUUUAAGGGCAAGCAAGGAAGAAAGUAAGGUGCUUGAAAGACUGCUAAGACAGGAUCUCAUACAGUGAAGUCUUUUUGAAGAGGAAGUGUUUUUUGUUUUUAUUUAAAGGGGAGACAAAUGGUUCAUUGGUUUGUGAUUCCUUAGUUGCAGUAGGUCAAAUUUUGGAUGAAUGUUUCUCUUUACCAGAGUUUUGUCGCUAUAUUCAUUUUUUGGAACACCUAUCAUUAUAUAUUUAUGCUAAUCUUAUGUUAUUCGUA